CAGUAUUAAAGCUAUGAUCACAAUGAUAAUCAUCAAUUAACCACGCUAAUAUGCAACGUUACACGUUAGUAUUCUGUUUUACUCAUUUUACAUUAUUUAAAUGAUGCAAAAUAAAUAAGACGGAUAAUCAUAGAGGAAUAACUAACUUUCUGCAUUUUCUGAAUGCGACCUACUGUUUAAAUCCAGAUAAAAGGGGCACUUAUGUCAUUCAAAGUAACCAUCUUUUUGGAAUUUCAGUUUGAUACUUGCUUUCUUUUACUCAUUCAGAGAUCAUACUACUUGGGAUUUUAAGGAUACCCACAUUUUUUAUAAGUUUGAAGAGAAAAAAAGGGGGGAAAAGAAGAAAAAUCAAUGGCUGAAUCAAAAACAGUUCACUCUCCUAUGGUGACAUAUGUUUCAAUGUUAUCACUUCUUACUCUUUGCCCUCCUUUUGUCAUUCUAUUAUGGUACACUAUGGUACAUGCUGAUGGUUCGAUAUCUCAAACAUGGCAAUUAUUGAGGGAGACCGGGUUACAAGGUUUCAUCAACUUAUGGCCUAGACCUUCAUUCAUUGCAUGUAAAAUUAUCUUUUGUUACGGAGCAUUUGAGGCUGCACUUCAACUGUUGCUACCAGGGAAAAGAGUAGAGGGCCCUAUAUCUCCCACCGGGAAUCGUCCUGUCUAUAAGGCAAAUGGUAUGCAAGCAUAUUUUAUCACUUUGAUCACCUAUCUCGGGCUAUGGUGGUUUGAUAUCUUUAAUCCGGCGACAGUGUAUGAUCAUUUGGGGGAGAUAUAUUCAACUCUUAUAUAUGGAAGCUUCAUCUUUUGCAUCUUCUUGUACAUAAAAGGACAUGUCGCACCAUCUUCAUCUGAUGCUGGUUCUUGUGGAAACUUCAUUAUUGAUUUUUAUUGGGGUAUGGAGCUAUAUCCACGAAUUGGUAAGAACUUUGACAUAAAGGUUUUCACAAACUGCAGAUUUGGGAUGAUGUCUUGGGCAGUUCUUGCCUUGACAUAUUGUAUUAAGCAGUAUGAGCUAUAUGGAAAAGUUGCCGAUUCAAUGCUAGUAAAUACAAUUCUAAUGAUUGUGUAUGUCACAAAAUUCUUCUGGUGGGAAGCUGGGUAUUGGAAUACCAUGGACAUUGCCCAUGAUCGAGCUGGAUUUUACAUUUGUUGGGGAUGCUUGGUAUGGGUCCCAUCAAUCUAUACUUCUCCCGGCAUGUAUCUUGUCAACCACCCCGUGAAUCUUGGAAUUCAGCUAUCGGUUUAUAUUCUAGUGGCGGGUAUUUCGUGCAUCUUUAUCAAUUACGACUGCGAUAGGCAGAGACAGGAAUUUCGUAGAACUAAUGGCAAAUGCUUGGUUUGGGGCAAAGCUCCAUCAAAGAUUCUUGCGUCGUAUACUACAACAUCAGGAGAAACCAAGACUAGCCUUCUCUUAACCUCAGGAUGGUGGGGUUUAUCUCGACAUUUCCAUUACGUUCCAGAAAUAUUGGCGGCUUUUUUCUGGACUCUUCCUGCACUUUUUAGUCAUUUUCUUCCUUACUUCUACGUCUUAUUCCUUACCGUCCUUCUUGUGGAUCGUGCUAAAAGGGAUGAUGACAGAUGCCGAUCCAAGUACGGCAAGUAUUGGAAACUUUACUGCGAGAAGGUUCCCUAUAGGAUUGUACCUGGAAUGUAUUGAGCAUCAUCCAAGUCAUUUAUGUUUAUCUCUAGUCUAACUAAGUAAUGUAAUGUUGUAUUUCUUAAACUUAGUUGUAAACUCUGUUAGUCAUUUGUAUAAAUAUGGUGUAUAUGACAUUUAUCCUUAAUAUUAUGGCUGGUUUGGUGAACAGAAAGGUGUAUAAAAUUAAUGGUUUUUUGGUUUCAGAUUGUUAUAAACGACUAUUCUUUUUACUUAUCAAA